UGAUUCUUCGGCUUCAAUCGCCAUUUCCUUCCCAGCAGCGGCGGGGGUGGACGCGGCGACUGCGAGCGAUGCCGAAGGUCGUGUCGAGGAGCGUUGUCUGCUCGGACACUCGAGACCGCGAGGAGUACGAGGGCGAGAAGCCACUGCAGGUCUACUACUGUCUCUGCGGACAGAUGGUACUCAUUAUCGAUUGCCAGAUGGAAAAGCUUCCGAUGCGCCGCAGGGACGGAGCAAGAGUCAUAGACUCGUCAAAGCAUGCACACAAAUUCUCCAACAUCGAGCCUGAACAGACCGCAUACAUCCGCAGGGAGGAGGGAAUCGAAAAGCAGUUCCGCAAAAAAUGCAAAAAAUGUGGGCUACUUUUGUGCUACCAGCACGUGGCACGUGAUGCCACGGUAACGUUCAUGGUGCAUGGGGCCGUGGCGAAGGCCGGGCAGGGUGUAACCGACAUCAACAUCUACAGGCAGCAGACCCCUGACAAACCAAAGAAGGUCAUAAUGACGCGUCGCACGAAGGACAUGGGGAAGUUUGGUUCAGUCACCGUUUCUACUAUAGAUGAAGAGGAAGAAGAGAUUGAAGCUAGGGAGAUUGCCGAUUCCUAUGCCAGCAACGCAAAGGUCAUAGAGAAACAACUCGAACGCAAAGGCAUGAAUAAGAGACGUGGAGACAUGAUGGAAUCUGAAGCCAAGAAAGCAAAGUUGAAAGGAACCCUGAUAGACAACCAGUUCAAAUAGCACCCUUGCAAUACAUACUGUUAAUAUUUAACCAUCAUCUUCAGAGAUAGCCAGUUAAAAUAAUACCCUCACAACACAUCCUUUUUUCAACACUCUCAUCACUGAGCACCAGUAUAAAAAACACCCAAGUACCACUCACAACACCUUAGCCCAGCCAUAACCAAAACUGUGGACAUUCAAGGAGAACAUUUGUUCCAUAGUGUAAUUCAUCUUUGCCAUGAUCUCAUCCUUGCAUGAGUAGUGGUCUUACCCUUUCCCUGAAUUUAAUGCUUAUAUGGUUUAAAUAACAUCAACCAAUUGUUAUGAGGAAUGGUGGCAUCUCUAAUAUUGAUUGUACAAUUGUUUUGAAGUAUAAUAAAUGCUUUCAUUGUAAAAU